GAUGCGCAACUGAAAGUCGGCGAUUUUGAAAGUGAAACGGUGAGCGUGACGGCAGCGAGCCCCGCGGUGGUGGCAGGAGAUCACUCCCUGACGAUGUGGACUUCCAGGGAGAAAAUGUUGUAGAGCCGCGCCGAGCUGGCAGAUGGAUCCAGGUCGGUUCUCCACUUCUGUCUGCGUCCUGAUGGUGUGUCUUCUCGGGACGACGCGGCUCUCCAGCGUCGGCCAGUGCGCAUGUCCAGAAAUUCCCAGAAGAAGUCUUACUUUGCCACCAGAAGGAAAAAACUGCUUCAACGUUAGCGACAAAUAUCGCUACACGUGCAUUCCCGGCUACGUGAGGAAGGCCGGAACGUCGAAUCUCAUCAAGUGCAACAAUCAUUCGCAGUGGACCACUACCAAAUUUCCACUGGAGUGUAUACCUCAUCCAGACUCAACUCCAACGCCGCCACACAUUCCAGACGGUUCAAGCAUCACGACUGCGGCAACAAACCGGCCAGGAACUUCCACCAGCCAUCCGACUGGAAGAAGCUCUACUACUGAAACUACAAGCUCAGCUAACAUGGAGGAGCAAAGUACAUCAGCAGCAGACACCAGAACAAUUGCCGCCACUUUAUCUGUGGUGAUCCUAUUGGUUUCCAUGAGUGGCAUCAUCUUCGUACUACAUCGAAGGAGAAAAAGGCCGAUUCCCCCUCAGGAAACAGAGGAGAUGCAGCCAAUGAACAACCCCUCUUGAGCCGUGAUGUAGAAUUUGUAGGAAAAAAGAGGAAGGAAGAACGAGCAGCCUGUAUUUAAAAAUGAACUGUGAUAUCACCCUCACGCUUGUCAAAUGCUGUUUUGAAGCCUGGAAUCUGCCAUCUUGUCUACUUUAUUUAAACAAACAGGACAAAUUGUCUGUAAAUAUGUUAUCUUCAGCUAAGAUUUAUUCAGCAUAUUCUGAUGGAUGUUAAAUCUCUAAAAGCAAUAGAGGAGACUGGGGUAAUUUGAGCCAAAGGGUAAGUUGAAUUACCAGUUGUUUCUAGGAAACUGUAAAAAAAUAAAAAAAUAAAAAAACAUUGAUCAUGUGACCAAAUAGGAGGAAUUCAUCGUUUAUGACUUUCCCUCAAGGGGAAAGUGAUUACAUCUUUAUUUCCCUUUACCUUGCAACGUUAAAAUGACUCGAAUCUCUCCAGAGUGGAGCCGCAGCGCCGUAAUGAGCGGGAACAAAAACCGUUUCUCCCACCUGAAAGUGAAUUUAGUCUAUCAUAAGUUUCAUAAAAAAAAUGUGUUUAUGCUAAAACAAAUAUUUUUAAUUUUGUUUUAUACAUCAGUUGAGCAACAAUAUAAGGUCAUAAAUCAAAGAUAAUUUCAGUCCAAGUUCAAGUGCCAGCUUUUGAACUUGCUUGUUGCUUGUUGAGAUGCUACAACCCAACCGCAAAUUUGAAACAAGGAUUCAAACUGCCUUUUUUUUUUUUUGCUCCAAAAUUUAAUGUUCAGUCCCCAAGAAAGCACGCUGUCUUCUUUUUUUAAAUCUUUUUUUCUUUCUUUUCUUUUCUUCUUUUUUUUUUUUUCACUAAACAGCACGUUAUCUGUUGUAUCCGUUGAAUUGUGUACAACAACUACGGCUUUACUUACCCCGCACCAAUGCUUGUUUUACCGGUUUACCUCACAUACGGGGUAAGUUGAGCCAUGAGAACUUUAACAAUAUCUAAAUAGUUUACACUUGUUUCGAUUAAAGAUGGAUAACAUCCUUAAAUAUAUGUAAAUAUAUAGGUUAAAGCUAAUAUACCUGCCCUGAUGUAUUAGCUAAACAUGAAAAAUGUCUCUUCUUCCCCCAGUCUCAACAAAAUACUCAAAUCAAAACCAUAACUACCGAUUAGAACUGUAUUAUCUUCUUAUAGGAAAAUAUUUUAAGUUUGAUUGUUUGUGUGUGACAAAUAGUAGACAGUUUUAUGCAAUGCUCAAACUUAGGAUCUCGAACUGUAUGAUAUUAGUGAUAUAAAAGAAACUUUGAUGCUGCUAAGCCGUCCGGCCAGCCAGAGACAGCCCAAGAUCAUAUGGGGCCCUGAGCAGAAUUUGAUUUGGACCCCCUCUAAUAAAUAAAUUUCAUGGAUUUUUUUUGUUGUUGUUAGUUUUUUUUAUGAAGGGAACAAAAUUAUUUUCUCAGCUCUCAAGUUUUUCACGUCAUAUUUAUUGCAUUGAAAAGAGGAAGUAAGCUGUUAUCUCACUGACCUGCAGGUACAGUGUGCAUGAAAUGUAACUCCUGCAUAAAAGCAGCAGUUACGAGCUUCCCCACAGCAUGAUGCCUCCACUGCCUUGUUUCACCACAAUUUUAGAAAAAUAAACUUCUGUUUUAGUCUGGUUUUGUUAUUAAUGUGCGCUAAACACGUAAGUUCAAGUGUGCAUGGAGAAAGAUGAACGCAAACAACAUGAUUGAAUUUUUUAAAAAUCACUGGCCCUUUAAAUCAUCUGUGCCAAAUUCAAUUCCCAAAGUGAAACGAAAUGUUCUCGAUACUCAUAUCAUCCAAGUAUCUUCAAAGAGUCAUAGUGGAUGGUGAUGCAGAGGGUAAGGAAGGGUCUCCAGUAGCAGUCAGUCCUGCAGUGACUCUGAACAGGCCUCUGACUGAAGACUGCUGCUGUGUGACAAAAUUGUGUUUUUGUUGAACAAACACCUAUUCAAGAGUUGGAAUAGACAUUUUUGCUAUAUUGAGGCCUCAAGGUUUCAGUGUAAAUGUUCUGACAUUGGCUAUGUAAAAGUAAAGUGGAUUUUCUAACAACUAUGAAUUUAGCAAUCAGAUUAUUAUCAUUUCCUCUGUGUGAUUACAACUGGUAGGGAUUUAUUUAGAAAAAUUUAAUUUUUUGAAAAAAACGUAACACUGAUAUUCUUGGGGGCCCUCUGCUGGCCUGGAGGUCCAAGCAGCAGCUCAGCCCCCUUGUGCCUUAGGCCGCCUCUAUGACCAGCACACGAUGCUCAGUCGAUGUAUAUUUUAUAAUGUUUAAAGUAUUUUCUGAUUUCUCUAUUUUUAUUCUUUGCAAUCAAAUCACUAAUAUCAAUGGUGUGCUUUAGUAGACAUGCACUAUUUCAUUCUGUAGCCUUAAUCUUAUAUGAUGCCUCAAAACUACUGUGUUGUAAUGUAUCAGUGGAAUGCACUCUUUAGAACACUUCCAUUUUUUGUGACCCUGUACAUAUUCUUAUCUAUUGCUUGACCUAAACAUUCAUGAAAUGUCAGGAAGCUGGCAAUCAUUUUGAUAUGUUUGUUGUUUAUACUUUUUAGACUGUCAUGUAUUUGUGAAAUUAACUGACCCACGUAUUCAGAAUGAGAUGAAUUUAAUAAACAACAAAAUAUUUA